UUUCUUCCCAUUAGUAAAGAAAUAAGGCAAAAGAGAAAAGAAGUAUGGAAAGUCAGAAUAACAACACGAGAAAAAGAAUCUCAAGCAAGCCAAUGUCUUUACAGACUUGCUUUCUUCUUCUUCUCUUUCUCUUCCUCUUCCUCUUUCAAGAUCUUUGUCUCGUUCGAGCUUCCUCCACACAUUCUUGCAAUGGCUCCAUAGCCGAGUGUGCUAACGAGGAGGAGAUGUUGAUGGAGUCAGAGAUAACUCGAAGGUUUCUCGAACAACAAAAGAAAUACAUCUCUAUUGGAGCUUUAAAGAAGGAUCACCCCGCUUGCGAUGGCGCUAGUGGUGGCCAACCUUACACCAGAAGUGGAAGUUGUGCUCCGCCACCGGCUAAUCCUUACAAUCGAGGUUGCUCUAAGAUAUAUCGUUGUAGGUCUGAUGAUUGAAGGUUUGAUCAAACCAUUGUAUGGUUCAUAGAAUUUCUUCCUUUUUUCCUUUUCUCUUUUUUUUUUUCUGUAUGUGUUUUAUUGUUAAGGGUGAGCGUGAUAGACCGAAAGAUUGAUCAAUCAACCAACCAAAAUCGAGGGAAUCAAAGGUGGUCGGACGUCAAAGAUUCAUUUGGUGUCAGUUUGAAUUUUUUAAAAUCUUCAAAUGCUUAAACUUAUCGUCAACCAACCAACGGUCGACUUGUACUUCUUCAUAGUUCGAAUCGAUUUGAACAUUUCCCAAACAACUAUAAUCAGUUCAACAAUGAUUUGGUCGGAAAACCAACUCCACCAAUUGCCUGCCCAAGUCCUUGUGAAUUGAUGAAGAGGAUUGAUUAUGAAAUCAAUGAAAAAUUUCUUUUCUUUGUGAUCUCUUUUUUUUAAGAGGUGAUGUAGUAUUUUUUUUUUGGAAAAUAAAAAGAGAUGAGAAAUGUUAGAAAUGUUUGGUUGGGUAUCAUGUUGUCCAGGAUGUAAAGUGUGAGAAUCACAUCAUACCUAAUUUUAUCUUAUGUUGGGAUCUAUUCAUUUUUAAUGUACUUUUUCCUUCUUUC